AUGAGCCAGGCAAAAAAAUGGGAGCCUCUGAAAAGGGUGGGUAUCAUUGGAGUUCCCUUCGAAAAAGGACAAACGAAAUAUGGAGUGAAUAUUGCUCCAGCUGCAAUGAGAUCUGCGGGCUUGAUUGAACAUCUUAAAACAAUCGAAGGGCUCGAUAUUAAAGACUAUGGAGACAUUGACACAACAGCUGCUGACGCUGAUGUUGAAGUAGACAACAUGGCCCAUCUCUCACAGGUUUCAGCCUGUAACAAAAAUCUAUCAGAACGUGUGUCGCAAGUACUCAAAGAUGGACGGAUUGCUGUCACCAUCGGUGGAGAUCACUCCAUAGGGGUUGGCACUGUGGAUGGCCAUUACAACGUAAAUCACGAUAUGAUACUCAUCUGGGUAGAUGCACAUGCUGACAUCAACACAAAUAAGACGUCAGGCUCAGGAUCCGUGCACGGAAUGCCCGUGGCACUUCUUGUAAAAGAGCUAUCCGAUUAUUGGCCUUAUUUACCUACUAUGGACUGGCAAGUACCUAAAUUCUCGAUCAAAAACUUGGGGUAUGUUGGACUUCGUUCUGUUGAUAAUUAUGAAAGACUAGCAAUUGAAAAAUAUAAUAUCCCAACGUUUGCAAUGGAAGACAUUGAAGAACAUGGUAUAAGAAAAUCAAUUCAUCACAUACUACAAGUAUUAGAUCCAGAAAUGAAUAAACCCAUUCAUGUGAGCUUUGAUAUCGAUUCCUUGGACUCGUUAGAAGCUCCUAGCACUGGCACCCCAGUCCGAGGAGGUCUAACACUUCGCGAGGCUAUCAAUUUAAUGGAGAUCAUACACUCGACAGGAAGAUUACGAGCUAUUGACUUGGUGGAAAUCAACCCUGCUCUAGGUGAUGAAUCAGAUAGAAAACGUACUAUAGAAGCAGGACUUUGCGUCCUUAAGGCUGCCUUAGGAUUUUCCAGGCGUGGAACCGCCCCAAGAGGCAUUUUAGACCUACCCGUUCAAACACACAAUUAA